AUGUGUGACAACAAUAAACAUCUUAUUGAAAUUCUUGAAGGUUUGACUGGUUUGGAAAGUAAUGUUAAAAAGGCACAAAAUGUUCUUUUAGAACGUUGCCUUAACGCAUCAUCUCAAGAACUUAAGGGAUUUUUUGAUGAACUCUUAAGUGUCUUAUGCCAAUAUCCUGAUGUUUACAUUCCAACUUUAAAGACUUACCUUUCAUAUCUUUAUGGAAAGUAUUUAUGUAAUAGCGAUAUUUCGAAUAAUAAGCAAACAAUCUGGACGACUGAACGUGUCUUCGAUGAGAUUUUGGAUGCGCAUGGAGUUUUUGGUAUUUGGAUUUCAGACAAAUCUGGUUGUUACUGCAUAAAGAGAAUUUUGUUUGAAUUCAAUAUGAUAGAAAUGAUCGAUCGUAAUAAGGCACUAAGAGCAGUAGAUAUGGUUGCAUCUCUCGUGGAAAAUUGUUCAGAUCACAUUAUUGGCACUUCACAACUACCAGAAAAGCUUUCUGAAUAUAAGGCUUGCACAGCAUUGCUGGAAACACUAACAAGUUAUCAGGAUGCUCAAAAUUUGAAUAGGGGAUGUAGCGCCUCCAAGUCUAUGAUAACAGUUAAAAGCUUACCUCUCACAAUUCAAGAUGAACAAAAUUUUGCCAUCUUGGGGAUGGAAACUCCUGGAAAAUUAUCAAAUUUAUACAUCAUUUUACGAACCCUUGAAAAACGAAAAAUAGAUUUGCUCAGAGUUUUAAUCGAAUUUUUGCCAUGUGGAAGUUGUCACAGACAAGCUCUUGUUUAUUUCUCGCCAGAUAAAUAUUCUUAUCUUAAAAAUGAGUCUGCAGAUAUAGAUUAUGAUAUAUUCCUAUCAGAACGUCGACUUCCAUUUGAAUUUAGUGACAGUGACAAAUUAGGUCCAUGGGACGUCCUGCUAAGUGAAGAUGCUAUCAGUGACAUGCGAAAUUUAAAGUCUCCUCAAAUGAUUAAGGCAGUUAUGAAAAAAUUUGGGCACAUAUCAUCCGGAAAAUGGGAUCAAUACGAGCUCAGAAAUAAAGUUGUCGAUUGUAGUUCCGUAGAUGUUUAUGAGAUGGAACUUCCAGAUCCAAAAGGGCUGAAAAUUCUUUGGCAAGUAGUGAAAAUAUGGACAGUCACUACAAAUCAAGAACUGAUCCGCGAGAUGUUAGAAAAUCUUGCAAUCGUUCAUCAAGUCUAUACUAAUAAGCAAAUACAACGAUGCAAGACAGACAUAACUAAAGAUGGUGUUAUUUUGCCAAGAGACUUGAGGUUAAAUUCCACUAACGAAAGAUUAUAUAACAAUCAGGAUGAUGAUGAGAGCCUCAUAAAAUCUGCUAUUCUCUCGGAGAAAAAGAUGUCAUUUACUCAAUUUUGCGAAUACAUAAAAAAAAAAGAAGAGGAAAACAUCAAUAACAACCAGUCUAAUAAUACAUUGCUUGAGGAGGACGAUGAGAUGAGGGUAUUAGGCGACAUUCCGAACUCGUUUCGUCAGCUAACAGAUGAUCACUUUCCAUUGUUCAUAACUUACGAAAAGUUCUCUCAAAUGCUCGAAGGAACUUAUGAAAUUGAUGUUAAUAAGUUAUGGAAGACAAAACAAGAAUUUAAUAUGAAAAUUACCGAAGAAUUCAACCCUAGGUCCUCCUUUGUCGAUACAUCUGAAAAGUCGUGGGCUCAUUUUAUAACUUUUGACCUUUUCGAGAAAAAAUAUUGGAAUCAUUUCAGUGAUAAUUGUAGGCGAUAUUUAGAUCCUGCUCUGGCUUAUGCAGAAUUCUCUAUAAUUAAAGGAUCAAAUCCCGAAGUCGAAUGUUUAUCAAGAGAGGAAUACUUGGCCGUUAAUACUAAAAAGUAUCCUAAAUUUUACGAUCGUAAUGAAAUUUAUAACCUGUUUGAACGAUAUGAAAAAAUGAAAAAACAUAAUUACGACUAUGAUUCAAUCGAUCGAACUCGAGCUGUCUUUCGUUGCGCUAAAAGGGAGGCACUUGGUGGCCCACACAUUCACGAAGUAUAUAUUGAUGAAUGUCAAGAUAAUCAAAUUGUUGAUUUUUCGCUUAUUUUGAGGCUUUUUAACCGAGCUACCAUUUUCUUGGCGGGAGAUACUGCACAAUGCAUUGCUCGAGGCUCCUCUUUUCGCUUUCAAAGUACAUUUACUAUUUCUCUCAAGAAUAAUGUUAUUUUUUUUAUUUCUAAACGUUAUAACAAUAAUAUAGGUGUAUUUUCCUUAUUGCAUCAAUGGGAACUCGUUCGGUCUCAAAUUAACCCAAAUUGGAAUAGUUUUUUAAAACCAGAACGAUUCGAAUUAAAUGUCAACUAUCGUUCUCACAAUGGGAUUAUUGCGCUUGCUGCAUCUGUUAUUGAUCUUAUUCAAUCCUUCUUUCCUAAUACUAUUGACAAUUUGCCACGAGAACGCGGUGAAGUUGGUGGUCCACGGCCCAUAAUGUUCAGGGGAUAUCAAGAUGAAACUUCUGUUUUUAAAUAUUUCACCGUUGACGGACAAUUAGGUGAUGCCAUUGAAUUCGGUGCAAAUCAAGUCAUUAUCGUACGUGAUGAGAAAGCUAAGAAACGAUUAGAAGAAUCUAUUGGAAAAGUUGGCCUAAUUCUAACAAUUUUUGAGGCAAAAGGCAUGGAAUUUAAUGAUGUUCUUUUAUAUGAUUUUUUUACGGAUUCGCCAGCAGAAGGAUAUUCUGGAGGCAUGCAAGCUUUAUCGUACGAAAGACAUUUUUUACUUUCUUCAGCGUUAAAACAUCUCUAUGUGGCAGUAACUAGAGCCCGAGAGCACAUUUGGAUAUUCGAUAGAGAUUAUAUAUCUGGCGAGCCAAUCUGGAAAUACUGGGACCACCACGGAUUGAUCAGAACAAAAUAUGAAGAAGAUGGGACUUCUUUACCUAAUUUGGCUAAGAAAAGUAAUUUACAUGAAUGGAAUGAAACGGGAAAACAUUUUUUUGAACGGCGGCAGUAUAAACAGGAUAUUGGAAUGUACAAAGAAGCAGGCGAUAUUUAUUAUGAAUCGAAUAGUUUUGAGUCUGCUGCAGAUUGUUACAGUAAAUGUGAUGAGUGGGAGAAGGCUGGUGAAAGUUAUAAAAAGGCAAAUAAAUAUGUAGAAGCAGUUAAUGCGUAUAAAAAUGGUGGAUAUUAUGAUAAUGUAGUUGACUUGAUGCAAAGGCAAAAAAUUGAUGAUAAAACAUUUCGCCGUAUUAGUCGUUUUGUCAACAUCCAUUAUCGUCGUGGAGAUAAUAAGGAAAUGUGCGAAAAGGCUUUUCAUAUUAUUCCAACACAGGAAGAACGAAUAGAAUUUCUGGCAGAUCAUGCCCCAGAAGAGCUCUUGAAAAUCUAUGUGAAAAAAAAACAGUUUCAUGAUGCUGGUGAAUUUUUAGUCUCGCGCGGAAAUUUUGAAGAAGCUGCCGAUAUGUUUAGGCGCUCUGCUAAUAUCAAGGAUAUUAUUGAGUCAUUAAA